AUGCUCAACAAGGGAUUCACAAGACUUUUGAUCUACUUGGCCACAAUCAUCUCACUAAUCUCUCUAUUCUCAUACACAAAAUAUCAUCAAGUUUCACCAAUCAAUAUAAAUUCACACCAUCAAUCAGAUUUCAUUAUAACAGAUUUGGAAAUUAAAACAUGUUUUCUGUUCACAAAGUGUCAACCAUCAAAUAAUCCAUCAAAUGAUUGGUAUCAAAUACCCAAACCUUUAAAUUUCAAUAACAAUGGUAAGAAAUCAUCAUUCUUGACACAACAAUAUCUAUUCAUCAAGAAAAUCAAAUUAUCAUCAAUAACAAAAGAGAUCCAGGUCAUUCAUGAUUUACAAGUAUCAGAAUCCAACGAUGAUAAUCAAAGAUGGUCUUUCAAACGCUCUGAAUAUGAUCCUACAAAUUCAAACGAAUACGUCUAUAACAUUGAUGUUUUAUUUGGUCUUGAUGCUAUUGAUCCAAGACCUGAUUGGAAAUUAAUCAAAAUUCCAAUAAUUGAUAUCCAAAGUGAAGUACCAAUUUAUUUAACUUUGAAAACAUCACCAACAACUACUGACUUAUCACACCCAAAGAUCCAAAUUCCAAUAGGUUCAAAUUAUAAAAUCUUACAAGUUGCAGAUUUACAUUUUAGUACAAAUGAAGGUACAUGUCGUGAUCAAUACCCUGAAAUCCAAGAUUGUAAAGCAGAUAAAAGAACUUUAAAAUUCUUGGAAACCGUAUUGGAUUCAGAAAAACCUGAUUUGGUCUUGCUUACAGGUGAUCAAAUCUUUGGUGAUGAUUCAUUUGAAUCUUAUACCACAAUCUUAAAAGCAUUAACACCUUUUAUAACUCGUGAAAUACCAUAUGCUUUGAUGAUGGGAAAUCAUGAUGAUGAAGGUUCAGUAUCUCGUCAGGAACUCAUGGAAUUUAUUGAAAAUUUACCAUAUUCAUUAGCUCAAUCGGGACCUGAAGAAAUUGAUGGAUUUGGGAAUUAUAUAUUUACAAUCAAAGAUUCAGAAACUCAAAAAGAUUUAUUAACUUUUUAUGUACUUGAUUCACAUAAAUAUUCAACUGCACCAAAAGUUAAUCCAGGUUAUGAUUGGAUUAAACCAAAUCAAUUAUCGUUCUUAGAGAGCUAUCAACAAAGUGAACGAAAAUUACAUGAAAAUCAUUUAUCAUUUGCACUUUUCCAUAUUCCAUUACCAGAAUAUAAAAAUUUAAAUCAACCAUAUAUUGGGAAUUAUAAAGAAUCUGUAAUGUCACCAAAUUAUAAUUCCUUUGCUAGGGAUUUCUUUACCAAGAUUGGAGUUUCCAUUGUAACUGUUGGUCAUGAUCAUUGUAAUGAUUAUUGUUUAUUAGAUUCGAAUGAACAAGAUCAAAAUAAAAUUUGGCUUUGUUAUGGUGGUGCUGUGGGGGAAGGUGGGUAUGCUGGAUAUGGUGGUACAACAAGAAGGUUAAGAAUUUUCCAAGUUGAUACUGGUGAAGCAACAAUCAAGACUUUUAAAAAAUUAGAAACUGACCCUCAGACUCCAUUUGAUGAACAAACUUUAGUCCUAAAGAAACAAAUUGUUAAUUUUCAAUAG